UUCGCUUAAGUACCUGCUAUUUGAAACUCAGCACUGUUAAACUGAGCUAACAGGCUAAAGCUAACCAGAACUAGCUGCUUCAGACUGAGUGGAGGCGGUAGUUUUAAUGCCUGGUUUUCGAACGGCUUUACUUUAUAUAACUGAGGAUUUAGAGGAUCUUCGAGCUCCUUUACAGAUCGGAGGAAAGUAAAUUUAGUUGCCUGUUGUCACCGGAUCUGGCCGCCCCGUUACCAUGGCAACGCUGGUUAAAAUCAAAAUGGCCGCCAGAGCUCCAGACAGGUGCUUUUGGACCCCCAACUGUUGUUGAAAUAGGUUUUUGGAGAUGUUUACAGAUGAAACUGUGGCGUCUGUGAGCAUCGGCUCGCUGUGGAGGAGAUCCCAUCAGGAGGUGCUGCAGGCGAGGAGCUGUCAGACCGAUGCUGUGCUCCGGGAUGAAGCAGGAGUCCAGACCAGUUCUACUGCCUCCAGCUGCACGCAGACAGAACCGGAACCGGUCUGUCCGCAGAACCACGAUGAGCCCGAGCCGACUGGGCUGCUGGACUUCCUGCUGAGGACCGAGGACCUGAUGAUCAGAGAGCUGGAGAAGAACACCAAGAGUCACGCUUUUGAUGGUUUCCGGACAAACCAGCAUGAUCAGGACCAGCUGGUCUCCUGCCUCCAUCGUCUUCAGCAUCCUGACGCGAAGGACAGCCGUCUCCAUGUCUCCAGCGUGUCGUGGAGCCACACGGGUUCCGUCAUCGCCUGCUCCUACGGCCGAACCGAUGGUGGAGACUUGAGCACCCAGAGGUCCUGGGUGUGUUUGUGGAACCUGGAUCGUAGGAAACUGAACCCCACACAGGCCGACCUGGUUCUGGAUGUUCCUGCAGCCGUCACGUCUCUGAGCUGUCACCCCACCCGACCCGCUCUGAUCGCAGGAGGUCUGUUCAGUGGAGAGGUGGUGGUCUGGGACACCAGCCGGACCCAGGAUCCAGUUCUGUUUCAAACUGGGACGAGUGCAGACAGCCACAGAGACCCGGUCUACCAGGUCUCCUGGGUUCCGCUACAGAAGAAAGGAGAGUUUGGAGUGCUGAGUUCUGGUUCUGGAGGAAGAGUUCUGGUGUGGGUGGUGGACUCGGACCAGAACAGGCUGGUUCUGAACGCAGCAUACACCUUGAGAAACCAGCAGCUUCCCCACAGCGCCGGUUCCAAGGUCCGUGGCAGCGGUACCGUGGGGGUGUCGGCUCUGGCUCUAUCUCCGUGGGACCCGGACACCUUCCUGGUCGGUUCUGAAGGAGGCUUGCUGCUCCGGUGCUCCUUCUCCUCCCAGGUUCUGGCUGCAGGUGCUCCCGAGGACCAGAGCGUUGCUCCAAGAGCUCCAGCGGUCUUCUCCUUCAGAACCACCAGUGGUCCGGUCCACUCCAUCCACUGCUCCCCAUUCCACAGGAACCUGUUUGUGAGCGCUGGAACGGACGGUCUGGCCCGGAUCCACUCGCUGCUGCAGGCCGACCCGCUGCUGUCUGUCCAAGUCUCUGACUCCUACGUGUUCCAGGUGGCCUGGUCUCCAUGGAGACCGCUGGUGUUGGCAGCCGCAACGGGGAGAGGGAAGGUCCAGAUCUUCGACCUGGCUCGCAGGUCCCUCAGACCUGCUGCUACCAUGGCAACAGGAGGACCCGACAGCACCGCCACCUGUCUGGCCUUCAACCACCAGAACCCCCGACUGGUGGCGGCGGGGAACUCGGACGGGUCGGUCAGCAUUUGGCAGCUGAGUUCUGAUCUGACGGAUCAGAACCCAACAGAGAUCAGUCAGCUGGAGCAGCUGGCCAAUCAGGCGGCAGAGUGAAUUGUUAAAUAAAGACUCGUUUCCAGAA